AAGCUCCUCUCUCUCUCUCUCUCUCUCUCUGCAUUAGUUUCUCUUGGCCAGGCAUCUUUACAGUUUUCUUUCCAGCUAGGACUUUGCUGAAUACAUUCAGUUGAUUUCCCCCAGCUAAAACAUGCCAUGUGUGCAGAGAAACUGGAUUGCCAACUUUUCCUUUUGGGUCCAGUUCCUUCUCAUGCAAGCGCUCUGCUAUGGCAGAAAUCCUCCACCGGGCAGAUUUUUCUUUCCAGACAAGAGGCAAGAGCACUUUAUCCGGACACUGCAAGAAUACCACAUGGUUGGUCCUGCAAAAGUAGAUGCAAGCGGCCAUUUUCUCUCUUACAGUUUACACCAUCACACCUCAGAUGCCAGGAGGAAAAGAGACUUCAGUAGAAAGGAAAACCUUGUGUAUUAUAAAAUUAACCACAAGGAGAAGGAUCUGUUUUUUAACUUGACUGUCCAUCGAGGAUUCCUUUCUGCUAACUAUGUACUGGAAAGGAGAUACGGGAACCACACUGGUGCAAAGAUUGUACCUUACUCAGGAACCUCAUGUCACCUCAUUGGUACAGUCUUGCAGCCAAAUUCUGGGAAUGGACCAGCAGUGAUCAGCACUUGCAAUGGGCUGACUGGAUAUUUCCGUCUGCCCCAUGGGGACUACUUCAUUGAGCCUGUGAAAAAGCAUCCACUGGAAGAGGGAAUAGCAUACCCACACAUAAUCUACAGGGCAAAUAUCCUUCAAAAUGCUUUAAGGCAACGGCGGGAGACCACAACAGACAAGGAACAAGCUUGUGGAUUGAAUGAUACCUUCAGCUUUUUCAAACAAGAACAUCGGAGGGAGAGGUGGGAAGGAAAUCACAGGGCAGCCAAAACAAUUUCUCGGCGUUCUGUCAGCAAGGAACGAUGGGUGGAGACGCUGGUUGUUGCAGACAGUAAGAUGAUUGAAUAUCAUGGAAGUGACAAUGUGGAAUCCUACAUCCUCACUAUAAUAAAUAUGGUCACAGGAUUGUUCCAUGAUCCAAGCAUUGGCAAUGCAAUCCACAUCGUGCUCGUCCGCCUUAUUCUUCUUGAAGAGGAAGAGCAAGGCUUGAAAAUAGUUCAUCAUGCAGAUAAGACAUUAGCCAGCUUCUGCAAAUGGCAGAAAAGCAUCAAUCCCAAAAAUGAUGUCAACCCAAUACAUCAUGAUGUAGCUGUACUUCUAACUAGAAAGGACAUCUGUGCUGGCAUGAAUCGUCCUUGUGAAACCUUAGGUUUGUCUCAUCUAUCUGGUAUGUGCCAACCUCACCGGAGCUGUAAUAUUAAUGAAGAUUCUGGGCUGCCUUUGGCAUUCACUAUUGCACAUGAGCUUGGACACAGUUUUGGUAUCCAGCAUGAUGGAAAAGAGAAUGACUGUGAGCCCAUUGGAAGACAUCCAUACAUUAUGUCCCGGCAGCUAAAGUAUGAUCCUUCUCCACUCACCUGGUCACCGUGCAGCAAGGAAUACAUCACACGUUUCCUAGACCGAGGAUGGGGGUUCUGUCUAGAUGAUAUCCCAAAAAAGAAAGAUUUAAAGUCACCACUCAUUGCCCCAGGAGUGAUCUAUGAUGUACAUCACCAAUGCCAGCUGCAGUACGGCCCCACUGCUACUUUCUGUGAAGAGGUGGAUAAUAUUUGCCAGACACUGUGGUGCUCAGUGAAAGGAUCCUGCCGCUCAAAACUGGAUGCUGCCGCAGAUGGAACUAGAUGUGGAGAAAAAAAGUGGUGCUUCAAUGCAGAGUGCAUUAGAGUGGGAAAGAAUCCAGAAAUGAUAAAUGGUGGAUGGGGCACAUGGUCCUCCUGGUCUCAUUGCACACGGACAUGUGGGGCAGGAGUUCAGAGCGCAGAAAGACACUGCAAUAACCCAGAGCCACAGUUUGGCGGAAAGUAUUGCACUGGAGAAAGGAAACGCUACCGCAUGUGUAACAUUGUCCCAUGUCGACAAGACACACCAACCUUUCGUCAGAUGCAAUGCAGUGAAUUUGACACCGUUCCCUACAAGAAUGAAUUCUACCAGUGGAUUCCAGUUUAUAACACAGCUAAUCCUUGUGAGCUCCACUGCCGUCCUGUAGAUGGCCAGUUUUCAGAGAAAAUGCUGGAUGCAGUUAGUGAUGGUACUCCUUGCUUUGAAGGCAGAAACAUCCGAGAUAUCUGUAUUAAUGGCAUGUGUAAGACUGUUGGCUGUGAUUAUGAGAUAAAUUCCAAUGCAACUGAAGAUCAAUGUGGAGUUUGCCUAGGAGAUGGAUCUGCUUGUCAGACGGUGAAGAUGAUGUUCAAUCAGAGUGAAGGAUUAGGCUAUGUUGACAUUGAACUGAUUCCAAAAGGAGCAAGGGACAUAAGAGUAGUAGAAGUGGCAGAAGCAGGAAAUUUCCUCGCAGUGCGGAGCGAAGACCCAGAAAAGUAUUACCUAAAUGGGGGAUUUAUUAUUCAGUGGAAUGGAGCAUACAAAGUGGCAGGAACAACAUUUCAAUAUGAGAGAAAAGGAGAUCUCGAAAAUCUGACAGCAUCUGGACCCACCAAUGAGUCAGUGUGGAUACAGCUACUCUUUCAGGAAAAUAACCCGGGAAUAAAGUAUGAAUAUACUAUACGUAAAGAAGGAAGCCUUGAGAAUGAAGUAGGGGACCCAGAAUAUUUUUGGCAAUAUGGAGGCUGGACAGAUUGCAGUGUGACAUGUGGAAGAGGUGUUCAGCGACAAACAGCCCAAUGUGUGAAAAGGGGGGGAAGUGUGAUCAAAAACUCCUUCUGUGACCCAGAAAUGCAGCCAAACGGACGACAAAAGAAAUGCAAUGAAAAGGAUUGUCCACCCAGAUGGUGGGCAGGAGAAUGGCAGAAGUGUUCAACCACCUGUGGCCCAACAGGAGAGAAGAAACGAACUGUCCUUUGCCUCCAAACAGUGGGAUCUGAUGAGCAGGUAUUGGCUGCUAAAGACUGCCAGCAUCUGCUUAAACCAAAGACCCACUUUUCAUGCAACAGAGAUGUUCUAUGCCCAUCUGACUGGACAGUGAGCAACUGGACUGAGUGUACAGUUACGUGUGGCGGUGGGGUACGGACUCGUAAAAUCAGUUGUGCCAAAAACAAUGAUGAACCGUGUGAUAUGUUCAAGAGACCAAAUGCUAAGGCUCUGUGUGGCCUACAGCAGUGUCCUUCCACCAGACGACUAUUGAUACCCCCAGUGAAACCCAACAGAGGAAAGAUCAUAAUCAGGAAGACAGCAGUUAAUCCCAAAAGAGGCCCAUCAGGCAGAAUACCCAUCCCUAAACUAGGCCAAAGACACCAGACAACAAUAAAAAUACCUGAGUCCCAAAGCACAACUGCUUUAGACUCUACUUCCUCCAGUCCUGUCCACUCUUCCAAAAAGGACAACAUGGAAAAAAGAACAUUACAAAAUAAUUCUAACAGAUCAAAUAAUGAUUAUAAUUAUCCCUUUGUGUUUAAUGGAAACAGGUCACACCAAGAUAGUACUGUCAGGAAUAGUUCAAGUAUUGAAAAUAUAAGAAAAGUCAAAAAUGUAUCUAACAUAGAUCUGGACUCUGCUUCAGAAGAGGGCAUUGUUCAGACAGGAGGUGCUAGUUGCACCACCUCAUUAACCAGAAGUCCAGAAGUAAAUCCAGGCUAUGAUUAUUUAACUGAAGAGACUGACAAUACUGAUCGGUCCAUAGAAGGCAAUGACAAACCCAGUGACAUCCCUAGUGACAAAGGCGAAAGCAGUCCUGCAAUCAAAACCAGGAGCAAAACUCCAAACAUCAGGUCUCAUGUCAUUACGACUCCCAAAAUCUCACCAACAUUUUAUCAACAUGAAUCUUCUACCCAGUCUACUAGUAGCAUAGCAGCAGAAAGACUGUCAUCUUCAACAACAGUGAACCUAAAAAGUAUCCGUGUGCAAAUAGAUACACCUGUCACAGAAAAGGCCACCACAGAAGAGCUUGUUACAAUAAAGCCAGCAAUGUUUGAUAACAUAUCAAGAGUCCCGUUUGAAAAUGGAACAGAAAUGGAACCCUCUGACGAGAUAGAUUAUACCCAAAGCACAAAAUCUCCAAGUCUUGAAGAUGCUCCAAAGAACCACAGUACAGUUUCUGAGGGGAAAUUAUCCAAUGCCACAGAACUGGAUUAUGCAAGAAUCUCCAAUAUUUUGCAUGGUGAUGUGUACUGGAUAGUGGGGAACUGGAGUGAGUGUUCUACCACCUGUGGUGUGGGGGCUUUUUGGAGACAUGUGGAAUGUAACAGUAAGAAUGAAUCUGACUGUCAGCACAUUAAAAAACCUGACCCUGCAAGAAGAUGUCAUCUCCGUCCAUGUGCUAACUGGAAAACAGGAUCGUGGAGCAAGUGCUCUACAAACUGCGGUGGUGGUUUCAGAACCCGUGACGUUCACUGUACUGAUGUUCGUGAUAAGCGAAUUCUACGGCCUUUUCACUGCCAAUUAUUAGAACAUAAACCACAAGUGAGCAUUAGCUGUAAUACAGAGCCCUGCUUGGAAUGGCGUGUGGAGCCUUGGAAUGAGUGUUCGAGAACAUGUGGCGGUGGUCUGCAAGAAAGACACAUCUACUGCCCAGAAGAGGACUAUUGUGACUGGACGAAAAAGCCUAACUCCACGGCACGCUGCAAUGGGCAGCCUUGUACUCGGUGGAUAAAUGGGACGUGGAAUUCGUGCACUGCUUCUUGUGGAGGGGGCAUUCAGCAAAGAACAGUAAAGUGCAUCAAUACAGAAGAUAACAAAGCCGAAGAUCAAACUAUGUGUGAGCAUGAGUUCAAGCCUCCAGAAUCUCAGAAAUGCAAUACGCAAGAGUGCAGGAAAAGUGCAGGCCUGCCGUGCCACAAGGACAAGCUGUCCAUUAAUUUCUGCCAGAGACUGAAGCAGAUUGGCAAAUGUUUGGUGCCAUCAAUGCAGACUCAGUGCUGCAUCACAUGUAACAGGCCCCGAAUUCCUAACAAAACAAGAUCUGGAAAUCAACAGCACUUCAAAGAACAAAAUUACACCAAACCCAGAAGAAAAUUGCGUCCGAUCCGUUCUUUAUAGAUGGAAACCUAAAGAACUAUCAAAAUUGGGAAAAUACAUCCUUUAGGGCAAUCAAUCCCAAUAUGCUUCUCCAGCCUUCUCUUUAAGACAGCCACAAAUUUGUCAUUGUGAUUUGCAAUGUACACCUGUUCCCGGUACUUCUUAUGCAUGUAUGGAACACAGGUUCGGGACAUGCGUACAGGAUUAAUUUGGUCUUUAAAUAAAUGUUGUGCUUUUUGUUUUUCUCCAUUUACAGUGGAAGAGCAAACUGUUGUUCCCCCAAAACAGUAUUAAAAUAAUAACUGGCACUUGUACAUAGCACUAUUUAGUCCCAGAUUCCAAAGGGCAAAGUUAUUCUAUCCUGUCUGUUGUAAUUACUGGGGCUUCCCUGUACACAACCUCCUAGGAUGCCAGUAGCAUGCUGGGUAUACUGCAACCUGGAGGCAAGCACUGUAGGUGCUUCAUCAGCUAGGCCUCACUGGUGCUAGCCAUAGUGGGCCCCAAUAACUACUCAGACACAUGGCCAAGGAAAAGGGCUGGCAGGAAAGGGAAAGGUUGCAAAUACCCUAGGUACAGAAGCAUAACCAGUUAUAGUUCAAAGUGAGCAAUCGCGGUUCUUGUUUGGCUCCCUGGGGCAGCCCAAUGGACAGUUAGGGCUCUUCAGGUCUACUUGCCUGGGGUGCUGUCUCCAGUCCAAUCUCUAGUCAAGUAAAUAGGCACCUAGAGAUUUCUAGGCCAGGAUGAGUUAGAGUUCCACACUGGGGCCCCUUUGCUCUGGCUCCCUGCCCAGCCACGGUUGUUCCCCCAUCAGUCCCAUACAGAGCUGCAUUCAGCUGUAUCAUCUGAGAUUCACAGCCUGUUCUGCAAAUGGUUCCUGGGAAUUUUGCUCUGAAAUCAGCUUCCCUGCAGCAACUUGCUUGCCAGGCAGCCAUCAUUUCCAAACAGAGUUCGACUACUUCCUGGUUCAGGAGCUUUUCUCUUACCUGGCCAGGAGGGAAUGGGGAGAGAGCAAAUGGGAGUUGUAGUCUCCUUCUUAGCAAAUCCAUCACACUAUAACACAGAGCUCUACAGCAUGUUUUGAGCCAGCUCCUUCUUUAUAUUAGUCACUUUGCACUGCCAGAGUGGUACAAAGUGACUGUAAAGCUGACGCCCCAAAGGGACAGCUGAAGAUCCCCACCAUGGGCCCUUAGGUUUUGUACAAACUUGUUUUGUUUUUUUUUUAAAUCUGUUUGAGUUGACAACGUCUCUUAAAACUGCUAGUUUAUUGCUGUCUCUUUAAAAGGCUAUUAACCUAAAAUUACUAGUGGAGUUUUCUCAUAGCUAGCUAUGAACUUGUAUUCAAAGACUCAGUUUAGUCAGCAUGUUUUAUUAAAAGAAAAAAAGUUAAAUACUCGACUGACUCUCUGAAGGAGACCUCCUAAGUACACAGUUCUGAGCAUGGUUCUGUUGGUGCAAAUAUCUUGGAACAACCUAAAGAACAAAUGUUCAGGAUUAAAAUUAUACCAUAUAUUUUAUGCUCUCAUGAUGCAGUAUUCAACCUUUUUUAAAACCAAGCUUUCAGCGAACCUAAUUAAACAGUUUAUUUUACAGUGAUAUCUAAAGCAAACAGUCAAAAAUCUGCUAAGGAAGCCUAGUCAAUAAUGGAGCAUUUCCCAUGUUUGGUAUCAGAUAGUAGGCUUGAUCCUACUGCCACCGAAGACAAUGGUGUAACUACCCUCAAUGGGAGCUGGACUGGCCUUUAAAACAGGCAGAGAUUUAGGCUGAGAAUUUUAAAGGGUCUGAAAGGAGUCUGGUGCUCGAGGUCCACUGAAAUUCAAUGGAAGUUGGAUGCAGAGGCCACUCAAGACAAUCUGCCACUGUAGGCAAAACCUCAGUGUUCUGCUCCCCUCCUCAUCCGCCUAGAGUGGCAGAUUUGGCUCAGCUGCCCUUCUGUCAUGACAGAGGGGUGGCUGAGCCAAAUUUGAGUAGCAUUGCAACCUGGCAUAUGAGGUUGCAACACCACUCAAAUUUGGUACAGCUGCGCGUGACGGAGGGGCAGCUGGGGCAAGUAUGCUGCCUUAGGCAGUGCCUACUUCACCUAUAACUGAAGCAGCCUCUGUUUGGGUGCUUCACUCAACCCGCUAGUUUGUGCCAGCUUUGUCCUUGAUACCUCCCUAUACUUUCCUAGCCCUUAUUUAGAAUACUACAUUCCAAAUGUGGAUGGGUCAUGAAAGUCCGCCCUACCUGCACAUAGUGCAGGGGUUCUCAUAACUUCAAUGCACCAUGACCCCCUUCUGACCACAAACAUUACUAUAGUACCCCAGGAGGGGUGACAGAAGCCUAAGCCUGCUCAAGCCCUGCUGCCCCAAGCAGGGUGGGAGAGCCAAAGCCAAAGGGCUUCAGCCCCAGGUGGGGGGCAGGGGCCUCUAAUCUGAGCCCUGACACCUAGGGCUGAAGCCCUCAGGCUUUGGCUUCAGCCCCACAUGGUGGGACUCGGGCUUCCAACCCCAGGUGAUGGGGCUCCAUCCCCGGGCCCCAGCAAGUCUAAUGCGAUCCCUGGUGACCCCAUUAAAAUGAGGUUGCAACCCGCUUUGGGGUCCCGACCCAUAGUUUGAGAACCACUGACUGAGUGCAAAGUAUUCAUGCCCCUUUGCUUUGACAAGUUUUCUAUUUUCUGAUGCCAAAGCUGACUUCAGCUUUGCAAUGUGUUGGGGGAUGCUUGACGUGGGUGAACAGAAUUGUGGGAAGAUAACUGUGUUAACAUAACUUCCCAACACUUGUAAAUAUCACGUAUAUAUUUUGUUAAUACCAUGCACAUAAUACCUAUUACUGUGGAGUAUACUAUGCCUAACAUAAGUAUUGGCUAACAUUUGAAAAUCCUAGCCAUACCCUGCAGCUUCCUAAUUGUUCUAUGUACUAUAUACAGUCUUCUUGGUUUUAUACCGUAUGAAAGGGAAUACACACUCAUAAAUCUGUUGCAGUGACUAAAGCCUGGUCUACACUGGGGGGGGAUCAAUCUAAGUUAUGCAACUUUAUCUAUGUGAAUAACCUAGCUGAAGUUGACGUACUUAGAUCUACUUACUGCGGUGUCUUCACUGCGGUAAGUCGACGGCUGAUGCUCUCCCGUCAACUCUGCCUCCACCUCUCGCCCUGGUGGAAUACCGGAGUUGAUGGGAGAGUGCUUGGCGGUCGAUUUAUCAUGUCUAGACUAGACACGAUAAAUCAACCCCUGCUGGAUCCAUCACUGCCCUUUGAUCCAGUGGGUAAUGUAGAUGAGCCCUAAAGGAGUGUGACUGUAAAACAUACUAGAAAUAUGUUUAAACCUGACUAUACUGUACUAAUUAAGGCCACGAUCCAGCAACUGCAGCCAUGCAGGUGAGCAUAGCGGUCCGUCCCUCGAGAAUACACCCACACCCACAUACCCUGGCAUGGCAGCAUUUGCAAGAUCUGUGCCUCAGGUCUUCACUUGAAGUUCAUGGGAGUUCUGCAGGUGAAGCAUUGCAAGAUUGGGCCUCUUAAUGUGUGUGGGACAACAAUUUAAUCACAAUUACAGCUACUCUAUAUUCCUGCUUUAAAUCAGCUUUUAAAAGAUAUGGUGCUACUAUAAUACGGUGCUAAUAUUUGGAUGGUGACUAAAAUGAUGUAUCCUCUGUGUGUGUGUGCACGUGCGUGCUUACAUAAUCUAUAUGCACAUACACUUUCUAAAAUUAUACGUACCUAUGGUGUUGCUGGUCAGUACCAGUUCUAUUGCCUUUUAAACAUUAUGAGAUGCUUACAAAAUAUUUGCUUUUUAUUUUUUGAACUCCUGAAUGUUUAAUAGUCCGGAUAAAGAAUAAAAACCAGACCAUUUUUA